AGUCGCCCUUUGGGGCGUGGCGCGACAGCUGUGACUCGGCUGGCUCCUCCAUGUUGCUGUACGGCGGGUGAGGGGAGUGACGCCGGGGAAAGCGGGACAGAGAAGGAAGGAGAGGCCCCGGAGAUGGUCAUCUGCUGCGCGGCGCUGCACUGCUCCAACCGCCAGGGCAAGGCCUCCCGGGGCCCAGCCGCCGUCUCCUUCCACAGGUUUCCAUUAAAGGACUCAAAGCGACUGAUCCAAUGGUUGAAAGCCGUUCAGAGGGACAGCUGGACUCCCACCAAAUACUCCUUUCUCUGCAGUGAGCAUUUCACUAAGGACAGCUUCUCAAAACGGCUGGAGGACCAGCAUCGACUGUUGAAACCCACAGCCGUGCCAACUAUUUUUCAGCUUUCAGAGAAAAGGGGAGAUAGUAGGGAUUUUGUCAAAAGGAGAAGAAAGAUAGUAAACCAUACUUUGCAAGGAGAUGGCCAUCAAGCAAAGGAAGGAGGCUGUGAGGUAGUUGAGGGAAUCUUAUCAUCUGGCCAGGGCUUGAUAGUGGAAGGGACUGAAGCAAUGGAACAAGUCACACUUCAAGCUGAAAUUGGAUCCAUGUCUGAACAGGGAGAAACCUUCCAGGUCCAGCUUGAAGGUUCUCUUAGAAGAAUGUUGGCAGAUAAUUUAGUCACAAAAGUGACGCAAAAUAAGCCAGAAAAACUUUCCGUAGGUGAGUGUUCUGAAACGGUUAUCAACCCUGGGAGUUUGAAAAUGGACAAAAGUGGGGUAUCGGAGGACGACUUCACACCAUCGGUUUCAGGUGCAUGCAAAUUUAUUGGCUCCCUUCACUCUUACAGCUUUUUCUCCAAACACACCAGAGAGAGGUCAUCUCUGCCAAAGGAGCAAGUAGAAAGGAAACGGUUGAGGAGGAGCAUGGAGCCACGCUGUAGUACCAACACUGUGGAGCAGGACACUAAUUUAACUGAAGCCACUUCUACUUCCUCUCUGACGGCUAUUCCCCAGAAACCUUCCCAAAGCAUUUCUGCAUCCCCGGCCGAUCUGACCCCUAAACCGGCGGCAGAAGCCGUGGUCGGCGAAAAGGGAGAGACUGAUGCCAACCCCAUGUCCAUCAACGAGGUCAUCAUGUCUGCCUCAGGAGCCUGCAAGCUCAUUGACUCCCUCCAUUCGUACUGUUUCUCCUCCAGGCAGAGCAAAAGCCAAGUGUGCUGCUUGAGGGAGCAAGUGGAGAAGAAGAAUGGGGAGCUGAAGCAGUUGAGGCAGAAGAUCAGCCGCUCCGACAGCCAAGUUCGCAAACUGAAGGAAAAACUAGAUGAACUGAAGAGGAUCAGUUUCCCAUUCCUGAACAACUUGUUAUCCCAGGACUGUGAAACCCCCCAGAUGAAUCCUGUGAUUGAGCCUCUAUCGUGGAUGCUGGGCACCUGGCUCUCAGACCCACCAGGAGAUGGUACCUUCCCAACAAUGAAGCCCUUUCAGUACCUCGAGGAAGUGCACAUCUCUCAUGUGGGACAGCCCAUGCUGAAUUUCUCGUUCAGCGCCUUCCACCCAGACACCAGGAAACCAAUGCACAGAGAAUGUGGAUUUAUCCGUAUCAAGCCUGACACUAACAAGGUGGCCUUCAUCAGUGCUCAGAACACAGGUUUGGUGGAGGUGGAAGAAGGAGAAGUGAAUGGGCAGGAACUUUCUUUAGCUUCCCACUCAGUAGCAAGGAUCUCAUUUGCCAAGAAACCCCACGUAGAACAAAUUACUAGGAAAUUCAGGCUCAAUUCUGAUGGGAAGCUGGAGCAGACAGUCUCCAUGGCAACCACUACACAGCCCAUGACGCAGCACCUUCACAUCACCUACAAGAAAGUGACUCCAUGAAACAAAAGGAAGCGGUUUCCCUCCAGAGGCCCCAAGGCCAGGAAUAAGGGAGCCCUAUGUGAGGAGGAGGAGGACACACUGACUUUACAUCUUCCUGACCCAGUUCAUACUUGACAGCAGAAGCUACAGCUGCCGAAGGAGUCCCUUCUGAAGUUUCUGUAAUGUUAGUCUUAAAGCAAACUGAAAGCCAAUAAAGAAGCCUUUAUUUUUAAGGUGGUGGCUCAAAA